UGUGCUAUACAACCAAAAUAAGAUGUUUGAAAACAAGAGCGUUAUUUGUAGAGGCGCUUGAUAUUAUUAGCGCGAAGAAUUUAUUCAUGGCCGCAAUUUAUGCUACAGCGUCAACGAAUUAUUGUUAUGGUUAGAAAUGAUUUAAAUGAUUGAUGAAUUAUUAAGCGCCAAGCGAAUCAAUCUAUCUCUGUGACGACCAAGAUGUGAAAUCGUAUCGAUAAAUUUGAAUAUUCGCGUGGUGCUCCGCCAGUUCUAACGCACUCAAGGCUAGUGUGGACGGCGUGUAUAGUGGCGAGCGGCACAGCAGCCGGCGAGAGGACAUUCGCAACGCGACAGUCGCGGUGUCAGCAUCCGAGUCGCCUAGCCUAGUACCCGGCUCAUCAGAGUUUUGUCUAAUUUAUUUAAUAGUUCCUCCUACUUAGUUUUAAAAAAAAGUGAUAUAUCAAAAUAAAGUGCAACAAUGGAUGUGGAUCAUGAUUUAGAGGAGAUGAUGGGGAAGCUAGGUGACUUCGGACGUUAUCAGAUGGCGCAGUUUUCAUUGCACAUCCUAGCCGGGUUGACUGCUGGUUUGCACAUGUUGACUUUAGUAACCGUAGCUGCAAUACCAGAGCACCGAUGCAUGAUCCCAGGUGUAGAUAUAAAUGGCACUGCGGCGCCUUGGAAUUCAUCCUUAGUGAGAGCUGCUAUACCUUACACUGAGGAAAACGGAUUAGAUUCCUGCUACAUGUACGAUGCUCAUAACCAGACCGUGGCGUGCACAGAGUACGUCUUCGACAAUACAUACUACCAAAGUUCACGCGCCAUCGAAUGGAACAUGGUUUGUUCACGGCGAUGGAUGGGUGCUAUUGCUCAAAUGACUUACAUGUUCGGAGUAUUUACUGGUGCUGUGACAUUGGGUGGUCUUGCAGACCGAGUUGGACGCAAAGCUGUGUUUUGCUGGUCUGCAUUGCUACAACUUGUAUUAGGUGUUGGUGUAGCGUUUGUGCCCGAAUAUAUAUCGUUCUUAGUAGUGCGUUUCCUUUACGGUGUGUUUGGUUCUGCUGGAAGUUAUAUCACCGGAUUCGUGUUGACCAUGGAAUUGGUCGGUGCUAGUAAACGUACAGUGUGUGGUAUUGCAUUUCAAGCUGCUUUCGCUGGCGGAGUAAUGUUGGUGGCUGCUUGGGGAGCUUUAAUACAUGACCGUCAAAUCUUGCAAGUUGUAUACGGACUACAUGGAGUUCUUCUUAUCGUUCAUUGGUGGCUUAUGGACGAAUCUCCACGAUGGCUUUGGAUGCAGGGUCGUGCUCGCGAAGCAGUGUUAAUCGUACAAAAAGCAUUAGAAAUGAAUAAACGCGGCCUUUCACUUGACGUCUCCUAUUAUGUUUCUAAAGGAAAAGUUGUAAGUCAUGACGAUGGACCAUCAGCCGGAGUCAGUGACUUAUUCAAAACUCCAAAUUUGCGCAAAAAAACUCUAAACGUAUGUUUGUGCUGGUUCGCAAAUUCGUUAGUAUAUUACGGAUUAUCCCUUAGCGCUGGUAAAUUAUAUGGCAAUCCUUUCCUCAUUUUGUUCAUAAUGGGCCUGGUUGAAUUUCCUAAUUAUAUUGCCACAGUAUUUCUCAUGGAUCGUCUAGGAAGACGUUCGCUUAUCAGUGGAUUCAUGAUAGCUGGUGGUAUCUGUUGUAUAGUGGCAGCAUACAUUGAACAAGGCUCAACGGCCGCGACCUCUAUCGUUAUGCUUGGAAAACUGUUUAUAGCAGGAUCCUUUGCAAUUAUAUACAUCUACUCUGCAGAACUUUUUCCCACGGUUGUACGAAAUUCAGCGCUCGGCUUAGGUUCCAUGUGCGCUCGUUUAUCUGGUGCCCUUACGCCAUUGAUCACACUAUUGGAUUCUUUCGAUCCGACCAUACCCGCUGUAAUAUUUGGUGUCAUUUCAUUGGUUUCUGGAUUGUUAUGUUUAAUAUUACCAGAAACGACAGGGCAACCAAUGCCACAAUCCCUUAACGAUGGAGAACGCUUCGGUGUCGGAGACACUUGCUUCACAACAUGCCUCGGUAAAAACAGGACUGAACCCGAACCAGAACCUCAGGCGGAACAAAUGUAUCCAAUGAACACUGUGGUGUCAUAGUACAAACUAAAGUGCUCUUAUAUUUCUAAUUUAACAUUUGCUCAUGAAAAACAAAAAUCACAUCGCUCAUAACAUUCACAAAUUGGACAUUUGUUCAAUUAUGAAGUACUAUACCAAUGCUCAUCGUUAUAUUGCGAUUAUAUUUAAUAUAGAUUUAAAUAUCAUGCUACAAAUUUUGUAAAUAAUAAAGUUAAGAAUGGACUUAAUGUCUGCAGGGACCAUUUUUAUACAUUGUGUGAUUAUAAAAUAAAUAUUAGUAUAAUGCUCCAUAGUCAAACAGAUUGGUAAUUAAUACAUUUGUCGA